AUGGACACAACAAACACCACCCAGCAGCCACCAAACCUGGCAAAAACAAAGGCCACAAUCAGAAAUUACUGGGACCUCUCAGGGCCCUUUGGACUAGCCGUCCGAGCCGCACUUCGAAUCCUUCAGUUCGUCCUCGCGGUAGUCAUCAUCGGUCUCUACGGCGCUUCCCUUGCCUCCUGGGACCACUCGAUGGCCGUCAGCCGAACAAACUGGAUCUUCGCCCUCGUUCCUGCGGUCCUUUCGGUGUUGACGUGUGCCUACCACUGUCUCGCGACGGUCACACACGCCGUGUGGUGUGUAUGGGACUUCAUUCUCGCCGUCCUCUGGGCCGCGCUCUGCGGCGUCUCCUCCGCGAUAGUCAUUGGCGGCGAAGAUGGGGCCAAGGUCACCGGAGAUGUAAAAACAAGGCUUGCGGCUGGGGCUUGGAUUGCGGGUGUUAUCAUGGUGCUGUACGUCUUCAACGCCAUUCACGGAUGUGCUUGGUGUUGCGUCUCUCGGAAAUUGACGAGGACGACGGAGAGGGAGAACAAGAUUGAUUUGGAGCAUCUUCCGAACAGAGAAUCCUAG